AUGUAUAUGUUUUGUUUAUUUAUAGGUAAACCUUCCAAUGAAGAUUGUAAAAGAUUUUGUGAAAUUCAUCACGCAGAAAUAACAAUCGUUCCUGAUGGCAUUCAAAAAGGAUAUCUGAUGGAAAUUGAUUUUGAUAAAUUAGAAUUUAGAAUAACUCAAAUGAAAGAUAAACUUUUAAAUACUAUAAAUAGAAAAAUAGAUAGUUAUUACCAGGAAUUUUCUAUUGAAAUUUUAAUCAA